AUGGCAUCUGUAAUAGAGAAAGAUGAGGGUGAAAAUCUCUUAAAGACUAUUGACACUAUCACCAAUAAUUAGUCGAUUUUAAACAAUACAGCCUCUAAUAAUAGAAUUUAAAAUUCAACAUUAAUUCCAGAUUCCGACAGUGAAAGAGAUUACAAUAGAAUGAAGUACUAUUCAGCUCUUAAAACUGGCUAUCAACACUUAAAUAAAGAAGAAUUUCUUUCAAUACCAGUCCAUGCAAUAGACCCUACGAUGUAUGUUAUUCAGGAGUUCAAUUUCAAUUCUCCUGAUAAGAAUAUGAAGCAAGGAUCAUUCACUACUAUAUUUUCAGUGUGGAAUUCAAUGGUAGGUACAGGACUGCUAACUAUUCCUUGGGCUUAUAGUAAUUCAGGAUUUAUGCUUGGACUUAUUUCUUUUUACACUUGCUAUCUUGUGAUGAAGGUAGCUGGUGAUGAUUCAGACUAUACUGAAACUUUAAAGAAGUACUUCGGAAAAGCUGGAUGGGUUAUAGGCAUGAUAGUUUUCAUAGGAAAUUUGUUCAUUCCAAUUAUUAUUUAUUUCUAACUUUUGGCCUAAAAUCUCUAUCCAAUUUUUUUGGCUAUGGGUGGUUCUGAUAGAAAAAUAGACACAGCAAUGGAUUUUGGAGAGUUUUCAUAUUCUUACACUUGCAUAAUAGUAUUUGCAGUUUUGUUUGGCCUAACUGCAAUUAGAAAUUUGAGUAUAUUUGUUAAAAUUGCCACAUUUGGAGUAUUCUUUGUAGCUUUGAUUAUAAUAUUCAUCAUUGGAAUCGGUAUAUAUGGAUUUACAAAUACAAAUUAUGUCUACAGUUCAGAUGCCCAUGCCAAAGACCCUUUAUCCACUGAAAUUAAAUUCUUUGAUUCAUAAUUUGGGCCGUUAAUGGGAAUACUUGGGGGAGGUUAUUAUUUGCAUAACAUCACCUUGCCUAUUGUUAGAAACGCUAGAAAUCCUGAGAAAAAUGUUAGAGAUGUUUUCAUUGGAUACUUGAUGGUCUUUUUAUCCUACGUUUUAUGUGGAUUCUUUGGCUACUAUGGCUUUUUAGGGCAUUACUUCACUGUAGAUUUGCAUUAUAAAGAAAUUCUAUCUAAUUGUCUUUUGAUGUUUGACUCUAAGAAUAUCCUUGCAAUUAUUAUAAGGUUCUGCGUAUUUUGCUAGCUUUUAGCUUCAAUGAGUUUGAUAUUUGCAGUGUAAAGGCAAUAGAUUUAUUUAGUACUCUAUUCGAAUAACCAGGAGAGAUCCUAAAAAAUAACAUUGAUAACAAACUUUUGCAUGCUAAUAGCCCCCUUCAUUCUGGCAGUAUUCUACCCACAAGUAGGCAAACUUGCUGGAUACUUAGGAAGUGUUGCAGGUCUUGGCUGCAUCUAUGUCUUACCAACAAUCACACAUUUAAAAGCAUUAUACCUUGAAAUAAAGAAUCCAAUCUUAAGUGAGGCAGUAAAGCAGAACAGUUUCUUAUUAACUCAGAAUUCAAUGACUAAGAGUCCUUAGAUUUCAGUGAGUGAUCGCUUUCUUAAUGAUAAAAUGUAAAAGUCAGUCUAAAUUGGCACAACUGAGUAGUAAAGAAGAUUUAAGUUCUACAAAAAUUUAGUCAUAAAUGUGAUCAUCAUGAUAAUUGGAGCAUUUGCUGUCAUUGCUCAAUAUUUCUGA